AUGUAUCUGUUAUGGCGUGUAGACAAAUUUAUAUAUGAUGGACAAUUGAAAUUCCUCUCGGUUGACGAGACACAUAAUGGGAGAAAUCACUGGAUAAGAUCCAGUGUCUUAAGAUGGGCAAGUGGCCUAGUUCUCGUAGCAAAAAUAAUUACACAAAUCUUCGGGUUCUCUCACACACUCUUUCUCUGGUUUCGUCUGAAUUUAACACUCGAUAGAAUGGCAUCCAACAGUCGUCAAGGUGGAAUUCAACAGUUGUUGGCUGCUGAACAUGAGGCACAGGCGAUUGUGAAUGCUGCAAAAAAUGAAAAAUAUGCUAGGCUGAAACAAGCCAAAGAAGAGGCUGAAAGGGAGAUUGCUGAACAGCGAACUCUUUUGGAAAACCAGUUUCAACAGAAAUUAUCAGCGAGCAGUGGAGAUUCUGGUGCUAAUGUCAAGAGACUUGAGCAAGAGACUGAUACAAAAAUCCAUGAGCUGAAGACUGAGGCUGCUAGAAUUUCAGGAGAUAUUGUUUCCAUGCUUCUCAAGUAUGUUACAACCGUGAAGAACUAG